AUUGAUAUCACGCUGACAUUUGACAGGAUUGGAGGAGUGAACUACUUCUGUUGAGAUCUCUAAAGGCUUACAUGCACUUCUGAGGCACGACAUGGCAGCCUGCAGGCCACCACUCCCUUACCAGCAACUCCCCUGACGGCCACCCCUAGCAUCUUCCACCAACUCUCGACCUCGACCUCGAUAUCUAUCCUUCGCCAUGACCCGUCGCAAGAGCAAGAAAGCGAAUGGAACGGCUCACCAGAAUGGCUCUAUCCCCUCUCAAACCUCCGAAUCCACGCUUCAACCCUCUUCCGCAAGCCAGACCUCAAAAACAACCUCCAUCCUCUCCAUCUGGGCACCUACCCUCCUCCUCAUCUUCGGCGGCUGCUGCUCCAACGUCUACACCCUUGAAUCUCUCAUCAAAGCCUCCCCUACCUCCGGACCCCUGAUAACCGCCUCGCAAUUUCUCCUUGUCGCUCUAACUACACUGCCACGCCAUUUCUCCCCGUCCCGCGGCUGGCGCAACGCAUACCUCCGCCCUCGCUCGAUCCCUCUACGCAAAUGGCUCGUCUACACAGCUUAUUUUCUCUCCAUCAAUAUCCUGAACAACAUGGCCUUCAAGUACCGCAUCAGUAUUCCCCUGCACAUCAUUCUGCGCUCGGCCGGACCCGUGACGACAAUGGCAGUUGGACGUCUGUACGGUGGGAAACGAUACCCGGCUCACAAAGUCGUUGCAGUCCUGCUACUCUUUGUGGGCGUCGUGCUGGCUGCUUUCUCGGACGCCGCGAGUAAAGAGGCGCAUCAUUCGUCCGACUUUGAACCCUCGGCACGAAGUUCAAGCUCGGCAAUGUCCUCACAAGCACCGGGCUUCGCACUCCUCGGCUCCGCACUGUUACUCUCUGCAUGUAUGGGUCUGUACACAGACAACAUGUACGCAGCGCACGGGCGGUCGACCUCGAUCACGGCCGAGACACUAUUCUACAGCCACGCCAUGUCCCUGCCGUACUUUGCCAGCCAGGCGAAGCCCCUGAUGCAGGAGUUCGCGAAUGUCAAGGCCGCCGCUAUGAGUGGUUUCGAGACCUACGAACACGAACACAGACCUCUUUGGCAACAUGCUAUCGGCGAGAAUGCAACCUCCUCCGGUCCACUAGCGAAACUGCUCCCCUUUGCGCCGGGAAUGUUAUCUUCGCCGUCAGACUUGUUAGCAUACACGUCCCUGAUGUUCCAUAUCCCGCGACCAGUCAUCCUGCUGCUUCUCAACGCGGCCACGCAGCUUCUAUGCAUUGUCGGCGUGAAUCGACUAUCGGCGCAAUCUUCCAGCUUAACGGUCAGUAUCGUUCUGAACAUGCGCAAACUCGCAAGCUUGGUGCUUAGUAUCUGGCUGUUUGGGAACGACUUGCCAAGUGGCGUUUUGACAGGUGCAGCAAUUGUGUUUUUGGGCGGUGGUUUGUAUGCUUUGCCUGCUAAAUCGUCUGUGGACACGAGGAAGAAGGACAACGAGAAGAAAAAAGUAUAGAAAAUCGGUAUAGAUCAGCAUUGCAUGGAGUAUUGUUCUGCAUGUCGAGCGCAGGCGCUUAGAAAAGGUGUGCUACGGGGGUUACAUUGCAUUGAGCCUUGGUCAAUCCGGGAACUCUGCAAGGAUAGGAUAAGAUAAGAGGUUAUACUCCUCCUGCGUGCUGAGCGGUCUCGCCUAAACCCUUGGCAUCUAUAUCUCUCAUACGACAUAUUGACC